CCGUCAAGGCGAAGGGCCAAUCGCGCGGCGGCAUGCAAAACCGGGUCCAGCGUGUGUUUGUUUUCAUGUCCCAAUGCGGCGGCUUUCGGACGAGACAGCGUUCGGCAGCGGAGGCUUUUCUACCGGGAAUGCGGAAGCCUUUGAGCCGAUCUCUUUGAUGGAUAAAGCUGCUCAGAUGCUGAUAGUACCAUAUUUUUCCUAGCACACCAUGAAAAAGAGCAAAAUGAAAGAACGUCCCAAAAAGAAGUCAGUUGACCUGUAUGGUGAAGGGCCUCAAUGGAUGUCUAAUUUACCAGAAUCUCUCUGGGGCAUUCCUCUCUCGAAUCUGUCAAUUCCAGGGAGUCAUGAUUCUAUGACGUAUUGCUUGGAUAAGGAGUCGAAAGUAAGUGUUAAUGAAUCCAAAUUGUUGCAGUUUUUGGACAAACAUAUGCAUCCCAUAGUGCAUCCUAUUAUUUUGAGAUGGUCUAUAACACAGGCAUUGACUGUGUUAGAGCAACUGAAUGCUGGAAUUCGGUAUUUCGACUUUAGGAUUGCUCACAAACCAGACGAUCCCUCCAUGGAUUUGUAUUUUGUCCACAUGUUAUAUACAACGGUUGUUGUAGAGGCUGUCCUGUGGGAUAUAUUACGAUGGCUGAGAAAUCACCCUUGGGAGGUUGUCAUUCUUGCUUUCAGGAAUUUUGAUGGAUUGGAAGAAGACCAUCACUGUCAUCUGGUGGCCUCAAUAAAGAAAAUAUUUGCUGGCCGACUGUGUCCUAGAAAUGUUGUACCAACCCUACAGAACUUGUGGUCUCAUGACUACCAAGUUAUUGUGUCCUAUGAAGAUGUUAACCAAGUGACACAGCAUUGUGAGUUGUGGCCUGCAGUUCCAUACUGGUGGGGAGAUAAAACUAGUGCAGAAAAGCUCAUCCAGUAUUUGGAGCGAAGAAAACAGAAUGGACGCCCAGUGGGAUUAUUUGUUGCAGGAAUCAAUCUUACUGGAGAUCUAGGAUAUAUUCUGACUCACCUUCGUGGAUCUGUUAAGGAAAUGACUCUUAGUGCUCUUCCAUUCUUAAAUAAGUGGAUAAAAAAACAACAUCCAGGAUCGAAGAAAGACUGCAUUAACAUAAUUGCCGGAGAUUUCAUAGAAAAAAAUGACUUUGUGAAGAAUGUGAUAGAUCUAAAUAGAAAACUUUUAAAAUAGCACAGCCAUUCUUGUUCUGUGUUGAAAAGAACAUGUGACGAUGUCCUAAUUCUCUCAAAAGAGAGACAUGGGAUAUAAAUAAUCCACCUACCUCAUGAUAAUUUUGUGAAUACCUCACUGAUAAAGGAUAUGUUUAAAAACUUAUUUCAAGGAUAAACAGUGGAAGACUCUAAGUAGUUCUUUGGAGACCUCGGUGAAAAAAACAUUCCUGGAAUGCCUUUAAUACAGUAAUAGCAACAUUUGGAAUCACCAGUUGUGCUGCUCAAAAGGACUUUAUCCAUAUACUGUAACAUUUCUGUAGCUCAGAGCCUUGUAAUAGACCAGAUUGAUACAUACUAACGUGUGUGAUUGUCUCCUUUUGUGUAUAUGCAAAAUAUUGUUCGGUAUUGAUCAUAUCUUUAGAAGUACAGGAAAACAUACUCGUUCUUCUCCCUAUAAACACAAAGGCGGGCAUGAUCAAAACUGGAAAACCUUGCCAUCUGUUUGGGAGUGUAUACACAGAUCUUAUCCACCAAGUGAGAAUCCUGGAAAAGCCUUUUUUAAAAAAAGGACUACAGUUCCUAUAUAAUCACUGGGUAGGAGAAGCCACAGAUAAGAGCAGUUUCAUUCUUAAUGUAGAAAAAGUUAGUUCGUAACUGCAGAUGGGGCUCAAUGGUUUAAACAGUCACCAUUUUUUCUUUAUUACACCUACUAGUGCCAGGCGUUUGGCCCAGAUGAAAACAGGUACCUCAGAACCGUAAAUGCAUACAAUUUUGGAGCUAAUAAGCAACUAUAAUUCAAGCAUUUGCCAUGUUUAGGCAACAUAACACCAAAGAUUCCUAAGGCCAAAUAUGGAAUUGUUGAUUCAACAGCGAAAAGAGGGAAGACCAGAAGAUGGCUCGAUAUUAAAUACAUACCCAGGAGAAGUUACAAGUAAACUAACUUCUUUCUUAAUAUGUAAAUGACACAAAAUUAUUCAAGAUGUGUAAAACCAAAGCAAUGGUAAAAUCCUGCAAAAGGACUUAUUCAAACUGGAUGAAAUAGCAAUCUCAGAAGAAAAUAUUUACCAGCAUAGCAAAUAAAGUUCAGUGUAAAUAAGUAUAAUAUGAUGUAGACAUAAUAUAUAAAUUCAAUUUAGAGAUUGAAGUGGUUGUAAUGAACUGGGGAUCGUUUGGUAGCUUUAAAGCAGGAAUGGGCAUCUGUGGUCCUCCAGGUGUUUUUUGUUUGCUCGUUUGUUUUGUGGGAGUUCUACAACUCUCAUCACCCAUAGCCAACAUAGUCCAUGAGGUGUGGUGUUGUGGGAACUGUAGUUCAACAUCUGGAGAGCCACUGUUGCCCAUCCUGACUCUAAGGAAAAUGAAACAAAUUAUUGGAAAGUAGACUUAAUAAUUGCUAUGAACUUAGAUAGCUAAAAGGAACAUGCAUAGUCAGAUAAUCUCCAGCUAUCAGUUGUUGGGAGGCCAAAAACUGGAGGUGGGACAUCCUCCUCCUGUCUUGUUUAUGAGUUGCUGUUGGAAACAAAUGGUAGAAGGGGUGAACAUGUCUCCCAAAUUGAGUUGGUGAAUUUUCAGACUUGUAAGUUGGCAGUUGAUCCAUAGGAGGUUUGUUCCAUUUCCAUAUUCUGAACUAUCAGAUUAAAUAAAUGUGAUUAUAAUCCUUUGUAGCUUUAGGGAAGAAGUGAAAGACAUUCCAUGGAAGUGUGUGUGAGGAAAAGCAUCAUAGUCCUUAAUGUACUUGACUUAAACUCACUGCUCUAUAUGAGAACAAUGGGUCUGAAAUAAUUUCCAAACCAAUUUUUUACAUGUUUUGAUUGUAUUUAAUAUAUGAUUAAACAAUUAAGUACUGUAUUACUGCUAA